AUGCCCACGACUGUCUGUACAGUCUGGGGGAUGAAAUUACAUGGUCGUGGAAACCAUAGCCCGGCUUUGCCAUAUGUGGAAUCUCUUUCAGCUCUCCAAAUCAUGGUCCUUCUGCGAGGCAUAUACCAUGCCAAGAUACCAAGGCAGAUAAAAACCAGAAAACCCCCGGUCAACGACCCACAGCACAUGCUGAUCGUUUAGCAGCAAGUUGCGCAUGUCCCGCUCGUAGUGCGUAAAAACCAACUAGGCAAAUGUGGACGUAUCAAGGGGUUCGCAGUUUGAAGGGAAGGUGCCCAACCUCGAGAGGCCCGGUCUUCAGCACGUUUAUGUUCUUUUGGAAGUAAG